AAAUGUAGAACGUCAAAUAUGCAUUCCCUUUAAUAAUGGCGGCUGAGAGGAAAGUAAGACGAUUUUGUAGUGUUUGUGAAAAGGAAAAUCUCGUGGCAUGGAAAUGCUUAAACUGUUUGGAAUUACAAUGUGGUGAUUGUAAAAACGUCCACGAAAAAUUCUCGAUAAGUAAGAAUCAUAUUCUUAUACCACUGGAUAAACUAAGUCCUUCUUUGAUGGAGGAGCAGAAAGUUAAAAUCACGUCUGCUAUCAACAAUCAGGAACAGUGUGACUUAUUUUGCAUCAACUGCAACGUUAGAAUCAACACAGCAGACUCCAUUAUGGAACAUCUUACUCACAAUUUGGACACUUUUGAAUCAUUUAAUAAGACUCUUAAAAACAAUAUUGAAACUCUCAUAUCGAAAAUCACAUUGGAAGUAGGAUCGUCGAAAUCCUAUGAUGACAAAAAACAAAUGGUGGAGGAAAAAAGAGAAAUGAAAAGAGAAAUUCAAAAGAGGUAUGAGGAAAUAAUAUUGAGUUGCAAAGCUAAUAUGAAAUUAUUGCACAAUGAUUUAGAUAAGUUUUACAAAGAAAGAGAAAAACAUAUUAAAGAAGCUAAUAAGAGAGUUGGGAAGGAAAGUACAAAGCUUGUCAAGGCAAGAGACAAACUCGGCAUGCUACAAUAUAAAGCUGAACUUCCACAAUUACAAACUACAUUUAUUUCCACAAAACAGCAACUGGAAAAAUACUUAUCAACUUUACCCGUCGAUGAACAAAUAGUAUUUAGAACCGGAGAUCAAACUUCUGAUGACAUCGCACGAGAUAUAGGAUCCCUACACUACUCUAUAGCAGCUUCUGGAAAAUCAGGGAGAAGUUUUCAGUUGGUGUUGAUAGAGAAAUCAGGACCUACUAAACUACAGACCGUUUCCGUUAUAACACCCUGUGGUGAUACUGAUGUCUGCAUUGGAGGCGUAAAACACAAAACGAUUCAACUGGUCAACCUUUCUAGACCAUCGAUUCCACUCAACGAAUUUACUGUAACAUUUUAUGAUUUUACAUCUUCAGCGGAUGGCAGCUUAUUGUAUAUUACAGAUUUCAAAAACAAAUGCUUGCAAGCUGUAACAAAACUUGGAGAUUUGAAAAAUAUUAAAACUUUUUCGCCGCUUUUACCAACUUGUGUACACGUUACAUCUACGCAUGAAAUAUACGUUGGAAUAGUAGAAUCGGACAGUCAAAAUGUCGACGCAGACAGCAAAAGAGCAAUUCUAAAAUUGACACCACAAGGAAUUUUUAAAGCCGAAUUUGAAUUUGAUUUGAGAGGUACUCGACUUUUUACUGUGCCAUAUCGAUGCCAUGUGAACGAAACGAACAAAUGUAUUGUUGUAAUUGACAAAUACGACCCAUCCACUGGACGAGUAAUCGCAUUUGACGAAACUGGGGAAGUUAAAUUCCGAUAUUCUGGAUUCACUGCUAGUUCCAAAUUUAAACCGUUUAGACCAACGAAUGUCAGCUGUACACAAAGGGGUGAAACAAUUAUUUGUGAUAUCGACAAUCACUCUUUGCAUAUCAUAGACAAAAACGGAUUCUUUAUCCAGAAUUUGUCGACUCUUGAUGUGGGUAUACUGCAUCCGCAUAGCAUGGCUAUAGAUUCCUAUGACCGUUUGUGGAUUGGUACGGGUCACCCUCCGACUGAUGCUAAACAGAAGGGGCAAAUAUACAUCACUAGAUUGACAAAGAAAUAACGGAACUUUGAAUCGUACGGGGGAAAUUACUAUGUCUUUCAAUGGGAUUGUUUAAAUUAAUCAGAUAUAUACUGAGACGUAUGUUUUGUCUCUCCAGUAACUUACAUAUUUUGCAAAAAUAAUAAUUAUUGUGUUUAUGUUGAAAUCAAAUGCCUAUUCAUUUGAUACAUGAAACACAAGCAACUGUAAAUAAGACAUUUAAUUUUAUACAAGUAUUUGCUACGGCUUUAAAAUCGUUUUUGCUUUCUCUUGUUAAUAUUGUAACAUUAUGUUUGCUUCUUCAUGUUUAAACGAGAGAGAAAACAGAUAACAUUAAUAAUAAUACUUGUGUAUGGCACGAACAUAAUAUUUUCACAAAUUGUCAAUUAUAAUAAAAAGUUAAUAUAUAUAUA